AUGGCCCACAAUCUGGUAAUAGAUAAUGGAUCUUACGAGAUAAAGAUAGGCACAACCGCCAUGGCUGCGCCCAUCAAGGUUCAGAACGCCAUAAUACGAACAAGGGAUAAGCGUAUACUUCAAGGUGACCAGAUUUCCACUUUGUCUGAAUUGUCGGGGAUUGUAUUCCGCAGACCCAUAGAAAAGGGCCAGUUGACCGCAUGGUCCAUAGAGAAACCUAUCUGGGAUAGUUCUUUCAUAACGGUGCGUGCGCAAGUGCCGGAAUUCGAAAUCUCCGACUCCAACCUGAUCCUGACAGAGGCACCAUACACGUUGAAACAGCUUUCCCAGCAAACGGACCAGAUGGUCUUCGAGGAAUUUGGUGUGCAAUCAUAUUAUCGAUGUAUUCCUCAAUCUCUUGUGCCGUGGAACGAUGACAACCAGAAGCUGUUGGGGGGGCCUCAGAGCAUGAAGAAAGAGAUGGACGAUUUUCAGCUGGUGAUCGAUUCCGGUUUCGAGUGUACGUGGGUAGUUCCCAUGGUACAUGGCGUUCCUUUGUGGAAUUCGAUACGAAAAUUACCAAUAGGAGGACGGUUUCUCAAUGGUGUUUUGCGCGAACUGAUUUCGUUCAGAUACUACGAUGUGACUGACGAGACUGUCCUAGUCAACAACAUCAAAGAGUCAACAUGUUUUCUGUCUUCAGACUUCAAUGAGUCUCUUAGCAAGAUCCAUGAACUGAAAAAUCUCAAGCGAUCAUCUCCCAAGUUUGACUCUUUGAACAAGGACAAUUUAGUGGUGGACUACGUAUUGCCCGAUUACAAGACCACGGCAACCGGUUACGUGCUUGAAAAAGGCCAGCCGCAGGACGACCUGCAAAUUCUCACUUUGUACGAUGAACGAUUUAGUGUUCCAGAAGUUCUCUUUUAUCCGGAGAUUGUUCGGCUUGAGACCAAGGCAGGUCUGGUUAAGACUAUUCUGGAUAGUCUGAAUUCAUGCCCAGAGCUGAUCAGGCCAUUGCUCACUGCUAACAUGGUUCUGGUGGGUGGAACUGCGAAGUUGCCUAAUUACAAAGAAAGGCUGUAUUCUGAACUGAGGAGUGUUUUGAGACAGGAUUACACUAUCCGUAUAUGCCAAUCGGAUGAGACGUAUGUGUGGCAUUCGGGAGUGGACUUGUUUGACAAGUCGUUUGAGAAAGGACGGGUCACGAAGCAAGAGUAUGAGGAGCACGGCAUGAAUAUCAUCAGAAAGAAGUUUAAAACAUCGUGA